GAGGAGUUUCUCCUUUGAAAAAAAAACGGUACACAACGGCAAGAGAUAGAAGGGAGCACCUUAGCAGAACUUUUAAAUAUAGAAAAGGUAAUCGCGGCGAAGACAGGAGCUCAUAUAGAAGUAACGAAGAAAAUAAUGGCAAAACCAGUGGCGAUGUUACUGGUAAUAUAUCCAUAGAGAAAGAACCAAGAAAACCAAAGAGAAAAGUAGCUGUAUUGGUUGGUUUUUGUGGAACUGGUUAUCAAGGAAUGCAAAUCAAUCGUAAUGCAAAAACUAUCGAAGAAGAUCUCUUUAAAGCUUUUGUAGCUGCUGGUGCGAUAUCCAAAGAUAAUUCUGAUGAUCCAAAGAAGGUAAGCUUGAUGCGUGCUGCGAGAACUGACAAGGGAGUACACGCGGCUGGAAAUUUGAUAUCUAUUUUGUUUCUUUACAUGAUUAUAGAUAUUCCUAAUUUAGUCGAAAAGAUUAAUGAAAACCUUACUGAUCAAAUUAGAGUAUGGGGAUUUGUUAAGACCAUUCGUUCUUUUCAUGCAAAGACAUUGUGCGAUUCUCGCAUUUAUGAAUAUCUCCUCCCAACCUAUGUUUUCAUUCCUCGAGAGAGAGAUCAAAUAGUAAGUUCAAUCGGACAAUUAUCAACUGAUCAAAAUGAUCAGACACAAUUCGUCGAAGCACCUCUUGCCACGGCCGAAGAAAUGAUUGAAAAACGGAAGUAUCGUAUUCCUUCUAAAACGCUAGAUUUGGUGAGGCAAGGAUUUAAAGCGUAUGAGGGUACGCAUAAUUAUCAUAAUUUCACGUUGGGUCGCAGCCCAAUGGAAAAAAGCUGUAAUCGAUUUAUCAUGAGCUUCGAAGUUAGCGACCCUAAAAUAGCACAUGUUCGUGACUCCAAAACUGGUUAUCAAAAUGUGACUAAAGACAGUGAGUGGCUGAGCCUUAAAGUUCAUGGACAGUCCUUUAUGCUACAUCAAAUUCGCAAAAUGGUUGUCAUGAUGAUAAGAACAAAAACACCACUUUCGCUUAUCCAUAAAACUUUUGGGAAUACUAAGAUCAAUAUUCCCAUAGCUCCAGCUCUAGGGUUAUUACUAGAUCAGCCUGUAUUCAGAUCGUACAAUAAGAAAGCCGUCGAUAAUGGCAAAGAGUUGAUUGAAUUUGAUAUUUACAAG